AUGUUGCUGAAGAAAUCCGAGGCUCUAUAUCUGAAUCUAGAUGAACUAGAAGGUGUGAAGAGCCUUCUUUACGAGUUAGACCAUGAAGGUUUUCCAAACCUCAAGUAUCUCCAUGCCAAAAGUGGCUCCAACAUUGAGUACAUUAUUCAUUCCAAGCAGUGGAUUAUCUCUGAAGCAUUUCCUGUCUUGAGAUCAUUAUAUCUGCAAAAUUUGACAAAUUUGAAGAAAAUUUGCCAUGGUCAACUCCCACCAGAAUCAUUUAGUAGACUAAAAAACAUGAAAGUUGGAAGCUGUGAGAAACUGAAUAAUCUGUUUUCAUUCUCCGUGGCCAAAGUGUUUCUUCAACUUGAAGAAAUUGAAGUGAAUGAUUGUGAAAAUGUCACAGAGAUUAUUUCUGAGGAAAAAGCCAUUGAUGAUAAUGAAGCAAUGGACGCACUGGUGUUUCGGCAAUUACAGUCUCUGAGACCUCUACAAUCUCUCCCGCAGCUCAUUUGCUUCUGCUCUAGAGAGGUUCAUCCAAAGACAAGCAGUACGAGGUCCACAUCAGACAAGAAUUAUAUGUAUGCAGAAUUUGUUCCCUGGCAAGGAAUUGCAGUAAUAUUGGAUGACAAGGAAGCAACCAACAAAAGUGUGUCUAGUCUGUCUCGGUCCUUGAGACUACAAUCUCUCUCAAAGCUUUGCUUCUGCUGGAGAGAGGUUAGCUAUACCGAGACAACCAGCACAAGUUCCAGAGAUAUGACACUGUUGAACCAAAAGGAAUUAUAUAUAUGUAUGCAUAUUUUGUUCCCUAGCAAGGGUUUUACAUCGUUCCAUUGCAUUCAAAAUUUGACAAGCUUGGUUAUUAAGGAUUGUAAUUCACAACAUCUGUUUCCAGUUUCCGUGGCUACAACUCUAAUGCAGCUUAAAUUUCUGGAGAUAAACGAUUGUGAAAUGAUGAGAGCGAUAUUAAUCACGGAAGAAACCGGACAAGUCAUAUAUAAGGUUUCGUUUUCUCAGCUGAACUCUCUGAAGCUGAUAAAUCUUCCCAGGCUAAAAGGAUUUUGUUCAGGAAACUCGAUAUUAAUCGAAUUUCCAUCCUUGAAGAGAUUGGAGAUAGACCAAUGCUCAGAAUUGAAGGAAUUUGUCUUCAAAUCUAUCAGUAUAGACAGAAAACCUGAAGAUACUGACUCUGACAGCAGCUUAAAAAACCCUCUCCUUAAUGAAAAGGUGUUGUGGAAUUUAUUUAUUUAUUUCUGUAUUUUCCUUUAUACUUGCAUUACCUUUCUCGGUACAUGUUGA